AUGAAGAAAUCCACAGUACUUGAUGCGCGGCCAACAGGUCCAUUACCGAGAAGGCCGCAGCAGCCGUCGCCUGUGGAAGUAAGAAACAGUUCCCAAGUAGAAAAAAACAAUGCGCGGGGGAGUUGGCGGAAGCUUUCUCCCUUAGGGAGGCAACAAGAAGAGCAAGGAGGACUUAUUCAUAGUCAGUCGCAGUCAUUAGAUACGUCAUUCGCUCCAAAUACUAAUACUACUUUAGGUUCAACAGAUGUGAAUCUCAAUUCCGGUGUUAGGGACCGUCCCUCGCCACGGCAUAGCAUAAUGCACCGCCGUGAAACUCGUCCCCUUCUGCCAUCCAACCCCACUGAUAGCGGUGUGUAUGCUUCGGAGGAUUGCGGUUCCUCCUCUGCAGGCUUUCCGCGUUUCUCUUCAAUGGGUAAUAUAGACAAAUCACGCGAUAACGGACAGCUUCCUGACGGACUAUGUACGGGAGGUAGUGAAGUGACGCAUAGUAGCGCUGUGCACGGUGAGGCAAUUACAGAUGAGCUUCUGCGUAGGUUAACUCGUUGCAGUGAUCUUAAAUCAGUCUCAUCCGCUCAGUUCCAGUUGGAUUUCGGGACCCUGCGCUGUGUAGAAAGCAUCAGUGCAAGGAUGCCUCAGCUGAAUUCGCUCAAGCUGAAUAACUCAAGAAUUACUGAGCUGCGCGUUUUGGGAACGAAUUACGCAAACUUGAGGCGACUCUGGAUUAGCAAUUGCCUUGUAAGCAGUGUGUCCGGAGUCGGCGCAUGCGCCCCCGUUCUUGAAGAAUUGUACGCAUCGUUCAACAGCAUCUCAGACAUUGACGCCCUUACUGAAGUUAGCUCAACUCUUCAGGUUGUAGAUCUGGAAGGAAAUGAUAUACGCGACACCGAUAUGCUAAAAAGAACUCUGCCCCAGCUGAAGAAGAUGAAACACCUGGUUUUGAAGGGAAAUCCCGUAGCAUCAUCCGAGACCAUAGUUGAACUGUCACAUAGCUCGGAAGAAAAGGGCACACGACAACGCAAGGUUUCCUAUUCUAAACUUAUUGGGCAUUUGAUGCCCGAUCUACAAUACUUGGACGAUGCAGAAAUAAGCAACACUUCUUUACAGAAGUCAGCUCGCGUCCAAAAAAAACAUCAUUCUGCUCACGUUGAUCCUCUUGAAAUUUGCAUUCGCGAUGAGUAUUUGUUUGUGCAGGAGUGCAUUCGCGAGUGUGGGUUCGACGCUUUGGGUGCUUCCGGUGCCGAUGAAAUGCACGGUUCGUGCUCCAGGUCGAAUGUUUCACUUAUCAGCUCCCGUUCACACCAACUUAAGCAGAAUAGGCCUUCCUACGACAGAAAUAGGCCGUCGGUCGCGGUCAGGUCCCUGCGUAAGAAUAGUCAGUCCACCGCUAGCAGCGGGGAUUCUACUAAUCAAGGCUGUGAUGGUGGCAAACCGCGGCCAUCUUGUCAGCGGUGGGGGCCGACACAACGCACAUCACGUCUAUUCACUGGUCGUGUGACCUCUGUUGGUGCCCCCAAAGCGCGUUGCAGGCAACUGCCGCCUCUGAAAGAAACCCCGGCAUCUCCCAGCACGGAAGGACUCGGCAACGAACCGGGGAACGAUGGCCAAAGACAACAGGAGUCGGGUGCAAUGAUGCAACUUGCCCUGAAACCCGUGCCACCUGACGCAAAUAGUACAAGAGGAGAAAGGAAGCAGCAAAAUACAACCUCUCCCAUUUGUGGCCUGACGGCAGCUAAGGGAAAUGUUUACGCGUUUGACGUUUGCGAUGACGAUGACGAUGAAUUGGAGAAAUCGAAAGAAAGCCUGAUGCAUCGAGUACGUCUAGGUAAUAGUGCGACAUCUCAACAAGCGACAUUCAUGGGGAGUGGUACCGCCAAGUCCACCAAUUCUGAGUUGGCUGACAGUGGAUUGUCCUUUCUCUUGCAUCGCUUGUCUACCUGCACUCAUCCAUCAGGGGCUGAUCCCCCUGACCAGCGUAAUGAGCAACAGCAAGAGCAACCAACCACUGCGGGAGCAACCAGUCGCUGCUUAGAUGAUCUGGAAACACCGGGCGAUGGACCGUUAGAAAGCUUAAAUGGUACACCCGAGAAAGAUUGGGAGUGGCGGCGGGAGCUUAUGCAAUCUGUAGUUGAUAUUCGAAAGAUGACUUCGGAGGCUGCUCUGAAGGAGAGGGUUCAGGGAUCUAAAGAGGUUGAUGGUGGUGGUUUAGAGAAAGUUGAGUCGGAGGACGAAGAGGAUGUUAGUCCUGUUGUAUUUUAG